AUGCGUGGUCUGGCAACAGUCGGUCUUCUGUCUAUCAUCCUUUCUGUUGUGGCUUCUGUAGCCUGGGCACAAGCUGCCGAUGCAUCAGCUGCAGCCGUCGCUUCAGCUUCUGGAAAGAACUGUAACGAGAUUUUAACCGGAGGUGGAGAUCAACAAGAUCUUCUACUGUGCCAGUUGAGUGAAAGCAGCACCCUGUUGGCUCAGCUUGGCGCUUUGGUCUCGGAAGGAUUGGAACGUCUCAUGCAAAACCAAGGAAUCGCUGCCCCAGAAGAGGGAGAAGAUGAUGCUUCUGGCGUCGACAAAAGAAAGCAUGAGUAUUUGAGAUUCGGUAAGAGAAAGCACGAAUAUCUUCGUUUCGGUAAGAGAAAGCAUGAAUACUUGAGAUUCGGAAAGAGAAAGCACGAAUAUCUUCGUUUCGGACGUAAGUAA